CGCUGAAUGAUUUGCCUCAAGGAUGCUCCCGGUGCUGCCCCUCGUCUACACCUCCUUCGCGUGGCAGAUCUGCCAACUUCGUGAACAAGAUCUGCCAACAAGCGCAUCUCUCAGCAUCAACUUUUACCACGGACGUGGAAGGCUCAGGCUGACAGGAAGACGAGAAGUGGGGAUGAAUGGAGAUGGCGAUGCCGACAGCGAGAGCCAGCCGGGCGUCAUCCGCAAAGGCCCGCUUGCCCCUCGCAGGUUCUAUGCGGAGGACGCCGACGUGCCAGAGGCAAUCGAAAUGCAUCCUAUAGGCGUCGUGAGGUCAGUCGAGUCCAUCCAUGUGACAUGUUCUGUGCAUGUGAUGUGACAUUGGUGUGUCAGAUCCCCGUAUAAGGAACGCUUUGGCACUCCACGACAGCCUGUUGUGACGGAAGGGACACUCGGUGGCGUGAAGCAGAAUGCGACGGUGCAGCUGUUGCGGGGGCACGGCUAUGAGGCUUGCCUUGAAGAUGUAGAGGGCUUUGAGCGGGUGUGGCUGAUCACCUACAUGCACCUCAAUCAGGUCAGUCAGAGAAUGAAUGCCUCCACUGGGCCCUGCUUCUGCCUAACACACACAUUGGCCCUCCUGUGUGUCUAUGUAGGGCUGGCGCAGCAAAGUGCGUGUGUAUCCACGGAAGCUGCCCCGUCGGCUAGGUCUGUUCGCCACGCGAGCCCCGCACCGCCCGAACCAGCUGGCUCUUUCGGCGGUCGAAGUGGUGGGGGUGGAUGUGGACGCCGGCCAACUUCAUAUACUCGGACUGGACUUACUAGAUGGGACGCCUGUGCUCGGUGAGUACCUACCUGGAUGGAUGCCCCCGCAGGUUGGUUGCUUUGUAUGUGUGUGUGUGAUGGGUGGGUGUGGUCUUGUGCAGACAUCAAGCCUUAUGUGCCCUAUGCUGACGCAUUUCCCGACUCGGCAGCUGGGUAACCAAGAGGAAAUAAAUACGCACUUGACCGAUGGAUGAUGCCUGCAGUGUGUGCAAUGUCCUUCGUGUGUCGAUGACACGUGGGUGUGUGUGUGUAUGUGUAGGUGGCUUGAUCAGUAUGACCGAGAGCAGCAGAUGGGCAGGGAUGAGUUCGGCCAUGAACUGCCCCCUUGGUGUGCCGGCGAUACUGGAUGACGCCGUCCGUGUGACAAUAGCCGACGAUACGGUGGACAAUCAAUGGUGAUGGGCGUGAGCGUGUGUGUGUGCAUAUGUAUACAUGUGUACUUGAUGAUGGAUACAUACUGACCGUUCCAGUGAGUGAUGAACGAACGGGAGAAAGUGAACGCUCGAUAUGAAAUCGAC